ACACAGGGAGAAUUUUACAGACCAUCAGUGACAUUUAUUGUCAUUCUCUUGUUGCAGCUCAGCAAGCUGUUGGGAGAAAGCUGUACAUCAUUUGAUGCAUAGGGAGCCGUAAUAACUGUAGAUAAAAAUUUCACAGGGGGGACUGAUAACCUUUCCAUGCUUCAUCUUUUGCAGAAAAUGCAAGUGAUAACUGUAUGAACUUUGCAUAUGUACAUGUCAGACUCUGUCUUUCUCUAUCUUGAAUCCCUUAUCAUGAUAAGUUGAUAACACAAUUUAAUAAGAGCUUAAAUCUUUCUAUUGUUCAAUGUUUUAAAAAAAUUCGUAAACCUGAAGGGGUUUUGAUAAACCAUUCCAAACAGUCUUGCUUGUAAAAAAAAUAUCACCUUGCAAAUUGAAUGUGUCCUGAAUGCAUGUAGAUGAAAUGGAAACGCAGGAAUCUUAGUCAUUUGUGGUGGGCUGCAACUAGGGAUUGAUCACAUGACCAGAGAUCUUAUUUUUUAAGGAGGGUGGGUAGGUCCUAAAUCAUUUAUCUAAAGGAUUAUAUUGACAUUAAACAAAUUUUUCCCCAGUUAUGCAAUCCAAGUAUCCAAUUUAUAAGAAACAGUUUCAUCUUAUAGCUCCCAGUCCAGAUAUUUAAUGGAACAAUAUUUGCUAAUAUGUUAAUUUGUAACCGUUUGAGCCUAAGUUCCCAUUGAAUUAUGUAUGAUAAAUGCAUGCUUCCUCGAGGUUCCGUAUUGGACUGAAUCACUGGAGUCAUGCUAUAUGUGUCCGUGAUGAUGGUAGGGAUUUGAAAAGUGACUAAGGGAAAAGCCUGACUGUGUGACUGACUCUACUACGCUACAAUUACAUUUCUAUGGUCCCAAUUAUCAAGUGCAUGCAGUCCCUGGCUGUGUUAUGGAUCCACACAGCACAGUGCAGUGUUGAGGUGGAGAUAUCCUGCUGUGCCGGAGUAAAUAAAGAGCCAGAGUAGUGGUGGUCAAUUCUAAAUGACUGGGGAUUCCUCAUGCUGUAUAUACACCUAUUGUGUGUAUAAAGUAAAUUAAGCACCUGUCUGGUCUUGAGCUUUCUGUUUGCAGCAUGAUAACAUCGUAGUGUGUUUGUGUUUUCAAUAUGUAGGAGGAAGUUUACAGUGGAUUGGAAUUUUUCAGGGAUGUGUCAAUUUGUGUAUUUUAAAGAUGUUUUCUAGAUAGAAACACCUUUCAAUGGCUAAGGUCACUGAAUUCCAGUGGCAAAUACCUGUACCAGAGUUGUUACAGAAAGGAGCUGUGUUUGAUAGAUGGGAUGAGGAAUCUGCUACUCUUGAACCAAAAUGCACAGUCAAGGUGGAUGAAUAUGGUUUCUUCAUCAACUGGCAAAGUGCAGAGCGAGAUGGUCAGGUUUUGGAAAUAUCACAGGUUAAUGACAUUCGAUUAGGACUGGCUCCCAAGAUAAACGAUCCCCGGACCUAUGCUGAGAUAGAACAGAGAGGGAAUGGUAACCUGGAAUGGAGGACAGUGACAAUAUGCAGUGGGCUGGACCUAGUCAACAUCAACUACACCCCCAUGAUAGCUGCUGACCCAGACACUGCAAGGGUAUGGUAUGAAUGUCUAAGGAAGCUGACACCCAAUACCAAAGCAAACAACAUUUGUCCAAUGACUUCAUUGAAGAAACACUGGUUAAAGCUUUGCUUGCUGGUCAAUCCAAAGGGGAACAUUCCUGUCAAAAGCAUCACUAGAACGUUUGCCUCAGGAAAGACAGAGAAGAUGAUUAUGCAGUGUCUGAUGGACCUGGGUUUACCCGGAGGAAAGAAUGAUGAGAUAGAUCCUAAACUUUUUACAUUUGACAAGUUCUAUGAAUUAUAUCACAAGAUUUGUCCCAGGACAGACAUAGAGGACCUAUUUCGUGAAAUAGCUGGUAGUGCCACAAAAACAUAUCUCACUGUACCUCAAUUAAUAGAUUUCUUCAAUGAGAGACAGAGAGAUCCCCGAUUAAAUGAAAUCCUAUUCCCACAUUAUAACAAGAAAAGAAUUCUGCAGAUUAUCCAGAACUAUGAAAAAGAUCCAGAAUAUGUUAAGAAUGAAUGGUUAAGUUCCGAUGGGUUUUGUCGCUAUCUGAUGUCAGACGAGAAUGCCCCCGUGUAUCUUGAGCGGCUGGACAUCUACAUGGACAUGGAUCAGCCCCUGUGUCACUACUUCAUCAAUUCCUCCCACAACACAUAUCUGACCGGACGACAGUUCGGUGGACGCUCCUCUGUAGAAAUGUACAGACAGGUGCUGCUAGCAGGGUGCAGGAGUAUAGAGUUAGAUAUUUGGGAUGGAACCAAAGAAGAACAGGAGCCCAUUAUCACACAUGGAAUGGCCAUGUGUACUGAUAUCCUCUUUAAGGAUGUUAUCCAGGCAAUAGCAGAAACAGCAUUCAUCACCUCCCAGUUUCCUGUCAUAUUAUCAUUUGAAAAUCACUGCAGUAAACCGCAACAAUACAAAAUGGCCAAAUACUGUGAAGAAAUUUUUGGAGACAUGUUGUUAAAGAAACCAUUGGACAGUUGCCCACUGCAACCUGCUAUACCUUUACCAUCUCCCAAUCAGCUCAAAGGAAAAAUACUCAUCAAGAACAAAAGGCUACGACCAGAAGUAGAAAGAAGACAGUUGGAGUUAUUUAUAAAAGGACAGUAUCAAAUAGCAGCAGAAGAGUCGGCCCAGGAUCAAGACCCACUGAACAAGGUCAUAGAGGACAUUGAGGGAGAGGAUGGGCCAAUGAAUGCGGAAGAUGACCAGUCCAGCUCAGAUUCGCGAGCCGAAGACACUCGAUCCGCUUCACCAAAAAAAGAAAUUGACCCCCCAACAGUCAGCACCAACACCGACGCCCACCCAGAGUUGCAUCUUGGGAAGAGUGAGGACAUGGACAGCAGCAUGGAUGGAGAGGACAGUCUGGCCAAGAAGACGUUCCGACAGUUUUCUGGUAAAAAGGGAAGCCUCACAGCAGAUGAGGAAGCUGCUUUGAUGUCUGCCUACCAUUAUGAGAGAGCCACCACCAACAUCCAUCCCUAUCUGUCAUCCAUGGUCAACUAUGCUCAACCCGUCAAGUUCCAGGGCUUCAAGGUUGCAGAAGAGCAAAAUGUUCAUUAUCACAUGUCAUCCUUCAAUGAAAACGUAGGACUCCAAUACCUCAAAUCUCAGGCAAUAGAGCUUGUCAACUAUAACAAGCGCCAAAUGAGUCGGAUUUAUCCCCGAGGUCAUCGAGUGGACUCGAGCAACUACAUGCCCCAGCUUUUCUGGAAUGCUGGAUGUCAAAUGGUGGCUCUCAAUUUUCAGACCCCUGAUUUAGCCAUGCAACUCAAUCAGGGAAAGUUUGAGUACAAUGGGAAUUGUGGAUUUCUAUUGAAACCAGACUUCAUGAGGAGACCGGACAGAAACUUUGACCCCUUUCUGGAGAGCACUGUGGACGGAAUCAUUCCAGCACAGUGUUCAGUGCAGGUUAUAUCUGGACAGUUUUUGUCGGACAAGAAAGUAGGUACCUAUGUGGAGGUAGACAUGUAUGGACUGGCCACUGACACCAUCCGGAAAGAGAUGCGCACAAAAGUCGUACCAGCAAACGGACUCAAUCCUGUCUAUAAUGAGGAGAAGUUUGUCUUCAGAAAGGUUGUCUUGCCUGAUUUAGCUGUCCUUAGAAUAGCCGUGUAUGAGGAUACGGGGAAGCUGAUUGGCCAGCGCAUCCUGCCACUUGACGGGCUACAGUCAGGUUAUCGCUACAUCUCACUGAGGACGGAAGGAAACUUUCCCCUCUCCCUCCCCACAAUAUUCUGUCGGAUAAUCCUUGAAACAUACAUACCAGAGGAAGUGGGAUUGCUAGCUGAUAUUCUGGCAAAUCCCCAAGACAAGAAGCAGAGAAUGUUUGAUAAGUUUGGCUAUGAUAGUGAGUCAAUAUCUGAUGCCCCUGUGCUUCCAAAGAAUGCCAGUAAAGCAGAACUAAAACCCAGCACCAAUGGUCAACUGUCUGUCAACUCCAACAACCAGCAAGCCAAAACAAAGGACGAAAAGAAAGAUGACCCCAAUUUCCCUCACCUUACAAGAGAGAGUGUGAAAUCGGACAAAAACUUUCAGAAACUGCUGAAGAAGCAGCAGAAGGAGCUACAAGUGAUGAAAAAAAGACAUCAGAAGGACAAGUCAGCUAUGCACAAACAACACUGUCUGGUGGUGGACAAGAUAGUGAUAACGCGCGACAAAAAGCUGACGGCCAUCGAGAAAAGCAAGAACAAAGGUGAUGUGACAGAUUCCAAAGCUUUAAUUGAUGACCAUAAAAUAGAGAUUUCAGAGGUGGUGGCCAAGCAUACCAAGGAGUGGUCUGAAAUCUCCCAGAAACAGCUGAAGGAUGAACAUGAACUACUGAGGGAUCAUGUGGUGCAGCAAAAUGUGCUUCUGAAAAAGCUGUUUGAAGCAGCUCAACAGGACCAGAUCAAAGAGCUAGAGGUCCUCAAUGACAGAGAAGAAAAAGAGUUGACAGUCAAACAGUCCAAGCAGUCCAUGGAGUCCAGUAAAGCUGUGAUGAAUGAUAAAACAAUCAAAGCUAAGGCAGAGAGGGAGAGACGUAUUAAAGAAAUAAGUGAAAAUAACAUUAAACGGUUCACGGAUGAGCGAAAAAGGUUAAAGAUCAGACAAUCAAAGCAAAUAGAGAAACUUUUCCAGCAGCAUCAACAGAUGAUGGAGAAAUUCUUGCAGGAAUGCAAGAAGGAAGAAGAAAAAAUAGAAAUGAUGUUUGAGGAGGCCAAAUUAGCAUCUCGUCCAGAAACUGAUGUUUGAUAGCGUCUAACUUAAUGUCACACAACAAGAUGGCUGAUGUGUGUCUGGUCUCCAUCAGCCGUGAUCUCCUGUUUGCCGGCCACCCAGCUUCUGCAGAGUAUUCAUUACAAGGACAGGAAUUUUGUUGCCAAAGAAUAUAUUAUUCAUGUAUUGAUUUCCUUGUUACAUGUACUUCCAUUUUCUGUUAAUCUAGACUUCCUUGAAGACUUUUCUUGUUGAUUUUUUGUACAGAGGGCUGUUUUUUGACGGGUUGAUUUUUUUUAUUUCCCUCCUCUCUCUCUAUCUUUCGAUAGUGCAUUCUUGUUGUACAUUGUAUCAGGGGGACAUGGUGUUUACUAAUACUGACGGUUUCUUCCAUUGUUGAUAUAGAUUUCUUAUUUUUUUAGGAUUUACAAUGUAUUCAUAUUUUAAUAUGUAUAAAUUAUAUAUUUGACUGUAGGAAAUUUGGACCUCCCCCACCCCUUUAAUCUUAUCUCUCCCUCAUGCAUUUAACAAACAAUAUGAAUCGGAGGCAUAGCCAGCAGAAAACUUACUGCAUUUAAAUUACUUGAAUCUUAUUUUAUUAAGUGAAACCCCAACAUCAGGAUGUUGAAAAAAAAUGUUACAAGUUAAUUUACUUUUUACUUAUUAAACAUGUCUGUCUCAGUUUGAUUUUUUUUUCUACACUGAAUGUACAUGUAUAUUGAAUACUAUAAACUCUCUAUAUAUAUUUAAUUUAAAGGAUCUUUUGCAGCAUUACAUGAUAAAGAUAAAGGUUGUUGAUCAAUAAUGUUGUUGUAGUAUAUGUUACAUUUAUAAUGAUUGCAAUUUUGUAUACAAAAGAUUUGGGGACUUUUCAUUUGAAUUUGUGUGUGUGUGUGUCCAGUUUGCAAAGACUGUAGCUGCUUCUUGAUAGAUUCCAUGUGUUCAGAGUAUUUGAGUAUGCCAGUAUGUACGGUAUAGCUUCUCUCAGUUGCAUUGAGAACAAAUGAUACAGUCUCAACAUCAAAGUACAUGUAUACAUGUAUAGUAAAUCUUAUUUUAAUUGUAGAAUGUGCCAUGGUUUUGCUCAAAUGAUAACUAUAUUGAAAUCCAAUCAUAUGAAAUCCAAUGGUUUAAGAGAGUAUCUUUACUUUUACUUUUCAAGAAUAAGAUUUAAUUUUAAAUACAAUUAGAUAAGAAGAAGAGAUUUACAUGUAUGAACAAAUUUUGGCAAGUUUUAUAUACCUUUGUCUGUUAACUGGCUACGAAUCGUAAAUGAGUAUCAUUUUCUGGCUUUUAUAGCGGUGCUAUAUUUUGAUUUUGUUUACUGGUAGUUUAUGAGUAUUUUGAUAUUUUUUUUUUUUUAUUUUCACAUACUUUGAAUUGGGUUUAUUAUAUUUUAGUGCUUUUUUUAAGGUUGUCUCACUAAUUACAAUAAGCAAUAUUUUUUUAUGUUUUAAAUAA